AUGGCUGAUAAUGUAUGCUUUUCAUUACUCAAGACAGCCACACAACAAAUCAUUCAAAGUGCUGGAUUUGAAGCAGCCAAUAACCGUUCCAUAGACACACUGGCUGAUGUCUUUGGAAAAUAUAUCGAGUUAUUAGGAUCGACUGUAUCUGCUUAUGCCAGUCUGAAUGGAAGAACGAUGGGAACAGCAAGGGAUGUGUUUGAGGCACUGAAUGAAGUCGCUAUUGACCCAAACACGCUCAAGAUGUGGUUAGAAGAAGAAGGAAAAGCACUUUCACCUUGUUGGUCAGCUCAAUCCGAUCCAGGACGACUCUUGCAAGGUGUGAUUGCGGGCGGCAGAAACACAUUUGAAGACAUCAUCGAGUAUCGAUUUGGACAUGUUCAAGCAUUUGAUUUAUCAGAAGAUGAACAAGACACAGACAUGCUCCUUGAUUCACCUAUCCAAGAAAACGCAUUACCCGACUAUGUCCCUUCUUAUUUCCCUGCAUUUCCCGAAAUCAAAGAAGACACUGUCAUGGAAGAAGCAACACAACUCUUGUUGGAGAAACAACAACGAGAACAACAACAACUUCAAUUACAACAAAAGCAAGAAUUACCUUUACCCGUCAUUGUGAAACAUCGCAAAAAACCGAUCGAGAACCCAUUUACACACAUUAUACCCUUUGAUGAAUCCAACCUGGCUUCAGCCAAAGAGAAGAGUCGAGACGAAAAGCCUUUGUCGAUGUCUGUCGAACUCUCGACUAAGCCCACUGAACCCACCAACGACAGAAAGACCAACAUUGAACCUCUUAUGGAAGCCUUAAAGAAUAUUCAGUCACCCAACUAUAAACUCGGGGAAGGACUUGAACCUCAUGAAGAAGAAGCAUUGUUCAAGACACAGACACAAGAUGCAGCAGCUCCAGGCAAUUAUAUGUUUAAUCGAGACAAUGGCGUGUUUGAUGAGAUUGUGUUGCAUUCGGCUGAACCUUUGAUUAGUUCUAAAAUUACAACACCGAAUCUCUCGUUUGAUGUGGCCAUUGCAACAGCACCUGCUACACCCACCACAGACUAUAUACCCGGUUCACCUGAUCAUAAGCUGAUGUCUCGGUCCAUGUUGGCUGCUUUGGCCAAAAAGGGUAAACAGUUUGGUAAAUUGAGACCUGGUAUGUCAAAUCCCCAUGCGAUCAGUAAACAUAGUGUGGAUAUCAAUGCUAUCAAGACAGGCGAAAGUAAAUAUCUGAUGAAGAAGAAGCGUAUGCUGGCAGAACAGCAAGCGAUGGAAGAAAGACAGCGACUAUUAGAACAACAACUAAAAGAGAACCCUAAUGCUACAAUUGAACAAUUAACACCUGUUCAAUCCCUGCCACUACCACUACCACCACCACCGCCACCAUCAUCAUCAGCAGCAGCACCACCCUUAUCGUCAUCAGCACCACCACUACCACCACCACUACCACUAUCACAACCCACACUAUUACCACCAGCACCACCACCAGUAUCGAAACCAGUACAACCUCCACCCCCAUUACCAGUUUCUAAACCAAUCAAUACAGGUCCUAUUAGUCUAUCUUCCUUUUCACAAACAGAAAAAAAGCAUAAGAAACCAACAACACCCAAAUUAACCUUGAAUUUCCCUCUUCCUCCUCCUCCUCCUCCUCCUCAAAAAGAAGAAGAUAAUCAGUCACCCAGUACGCCUAAAAUUCGAUUUAAAAUCAAACCACCUAUGGAAUCACCACUUGUGAAAAAAGAAACACCUGUGCCUACUUAUUCAGAAGAAAUCAACUGUAUUUGUGAGAAUCCCACUGUAGAUUAUGGUACAUUUAUGAUUGCCUGUGAUGGUUGUGGUGUGUGGUUUCAUGGUAGUUGUGUAGGUAUUGCUGAAAGCGAUCAAGUAGAAGAAUGGUAUUGUAAACGAUGUAGAUAAAUCACAUGUCAAUAAAUAUUCAUUUUCACAUGC